UCAAAGAAACAGAAAUUACCACUGCAACUUAUAAACGCUCGCUGACCACGAAGACCUGAAUCAACAGCAAGACGUUAAUCACAACAGAUUCAAGUCUUCAAACCACAAAAUCCCCCAAUUAAACCACAUCCAAACCCUAGAACCACACAAUCCUCAAUUAGAUCUCAAAAUUCACCACCAAAAUCGUCUCAAAAUGAGCACAUCAGCGUGCAUAAAGCAAGUAGAUCGAUCCGCAUUGGUCGCAUUUGCUCCCGAUGCACCGUUCUUCGUCGCCGGAACCAUGGCCGGAGCUGUGGACUUGUCGUUCAGUUCUUCUGCAAAUCUCGAAGUGUUUAAGCUUGAUUUUGGAUCGGAUGAUCGUGAUUUGAUACUAACCGGUGCUAUAGCUAGUUCUGAACCGUUUAAUCGGCUGUCGUGGGGGAAAUCACCGGCGUCCGGUUCGGAAGAGUUCUCGCUUGGUUUGAUUGCUGGAGGAGUUGUGGAUGGUGACAUUGGUGUCUGGAACCCUAGGGUUCUUAUUAGUUCGGAGGAAAGUGAAAAUGCUCUUGUUCAGCAGCUAUCAAGACAUAAAGGACCUGUUCGUGGACUGGAGUUUAGUUCCUUCUCACCAAACCUUCUUGCAUCGGGUGCCGAAGAAGGUGAAAUUUGUAUAUGGGAUUUGGCUAAACCAACGGAGCCGAAGCAUUUUCUUUCUCUCAAGGGCAGUGAAUCUUUAACACAUGGAGAAAUUUCAUUUUUAUCAUGGAACAAGAAGGUCCAGCCUAUCUUGGCAUCUACUUCUUCUCAAGGAACAACUGUGGUUUGGGAUAUUAGGAAGCAAAAGCCGAUUAUAAGUUUUUCAGAUUCGGUUAGAAGAAGAUGUUCCAUUUUGCAAUGGCAUCCUGAGUUUGCCACUCAGCUCAUUGUUGCUUCUGAUGAUGACAAUUCACCUUCUUUAAGGAUAUGGGAUAUGCGGAACACAAUGUCGCCAUUGCGAGAGUUAGCAGGUCAUACUAAAGGUGUCGUUGCGAUGUCAUGGUGUCCUCAUGAUAGCGCCUAUUUGCUUACAUGUGCCAAAGAUAACCGCACUAUUUGCUGGGACACUAAUUCUGCUGAGAUUGUCUCUGAACUGCCAGCUGGAACCAAUUGGAAUUUCGAUGUCCACUGGUAUCCAAAAUUACCUGGGGUCAUAUCAGCAUCUUCGUUUGAUGGGAAAAUUGGUAUUUAUAACAUUGAGGCUUGUCCUCGUUAUGGUGUUGGUGAGGGUUAUUUUGGAUCAGCACCUUUAAGAGCCCCAAAAUGGCAUCAACGCAAAGCUGGAGUCUGUUUCGGAUUUGGUGGCAAACUUGUUUCUUUUCACACAACUGGUGGAACUUCAGAGGUUGAAGUGCAUGAUUUGGUUAAUGAACAUAGUAUCGUGAGCAAUUCAUCUGAAUUCGAAGCUGCAAUAAGUAGCGGAGACAGAGCUUCACUGAGACUACUGUGUGACCAAAAAACUCAAGAAUCCAAAUCUGAAGAUGACAAAGAAACAUGGGGAUUGUUGAAGGUUAUGUUUGAAGAUGACGGAACAGCACGAACAAAACUCUUAAACCACCUUGGCUUCAGUUUACCGACAGAAGAACAAAACUACGUUACAGAACAAAACAAUCUCUCUGAGGAUCUAAGUUCUUUAAAUCUCGACAAAAUUAGUGAAGAUAUACUUACGGAGGGAGGACCGACACUCAAUUACCUAACAUCUGAUAACGGGGAAGAUUUCUUUAACAAUUUACCAAGUCCUCAAGCUGUCACACCCGUGUCAACUUCUCACAAUAGCUUUGCUAUAGAAGAAUCUGUUCCUGCUGUGGAAGAAUCAUCGGUAACAAAAGAAAACGACUUACCAGAUGGAAGUGCUGAUAAUUCGUUUGAUGAGGCUAUUCAGCGUGCAUUGGUUGUUGGGGAUUAUAAGGGAGCUGUUGCACAGUGCAUAGCUGCAAAUAAAAUGGCGGAUGCGUUAGUUAUUGCACAGGUCGGUGGUUCUUCCCUGUGGGAGACCACACGCGACCAUUACCUCAAAUAUAAUUCUUCUCCUUACUUGAAGGUUGUUGCUGCAAUGAUAAAUAGUGACCUUGUUGGUUUAGUAAAUACCAGGCCCCUGAAAUCUUGGAAAGAGACUCUUGCUCUUCUCUGCACUUUUGCUCAGGGGGAUGAAUGGACUUUACUAUGUGAUAGUCUUGCUUCUAGGCUCGUAAAUGCUGGUAAUACAUUAGCUGCAACUUUUUGCUACAUAUGUUCGGGGAACAUCGAUAAAACCGUGGAAAUCUGGUCAAAGAAGGUUACAGUUGACCAUGAGGGGAAAUCCUAUGUUGAUCUUCUUCAGGAAUUAAUGGAGAAAACAAUAGUCCUUGCUUUAGCAACUGGGCAAAAGAAAUUCAAUGCGUCUUUAUGCAAACUUGUUGAAAAGUAUGCUGAGAUAUUAGCAAGUCAGGGGCGUUUAUCAACAGCUAUGGAAUAUUUGAAGUUGAUGGGAACCGAUGAUCUGUCUCUUGAACUUUCCAUCUUAAGAGACCGGAUAGCUUUCUCAUUUGAACCGGAGAAAACUGCAACGGAGUCUACAGAUUAUGGUUACUCUCAAACACAUACAGGAGAUGUAUACCAACAAAUGAAUUCAGUUGUGGAGCCCCAUCAAAACUAUUAUCAGGAGAACUAUCAACAACAGCACCAACAACCUGCGCUGUCUUACGUUAAUCAUCAGGAAACGCCACAAAGGAGCAUGUUUGUUCCAUCCCCUGCGGUUCCCAGUCCUGCUGUGGGCUAUAAUCAACCACCGGUUACAACUCAGGCAGCGGCAAGACCCUUUGUUCCUGUGACGCCACCAAUAAUGAGAAAUGUUGACCAAUACCAGCAACUCCCCACCUUGGGUUCUCAGUUGUAUCCUCCUCAGUUGAAUGCCAACUCCAAUUAUCAAGCUGGACCAACACGGCCCGGCUUUGUACCAUCUUCUGUGGCAAACACUACAGGCCCGACGUUACCACCUAGUGUGGCCCCCGCACCUCCUGUAAGAGGGUUCAUGCCUAUCAAUGGUAAUACAGGAAUGCAAAGAACCACAUCUGGUGGUCAAAUGCAACAACCCAAUGCCGCUACGGAGUCUCCUCCUCCAACAGUACAGACAGCUGAUGUGUCAAAUGUCCCUGCUCAGCAAAGGGCGGUUGUUGGAACGUUGACUAGACUCUUCAACGAGACAUCAGAAGCCCUGGGAGGUUCAGGUGCCGUUCCAGCUAAGAAACGGGAGAUUGAUGAUAACUCCAAGAAAAUAGGUGCUUUGUUUGUUAAACUAAACAAUAACGAUAUCUCCAAAAACGCUGCUGAAAAGCUUAUUCAGCUCUGUCAAGCUUUGGACCGGAGUGACUUCCCUGCGGCCCUCAAGAUCCAGGUAGAUCUUACCACCAGUGAUUGGGAUGAGUGCAGCUUCUGGUUAGCAACGCUCAAAAGAAUGAUCAGGAUCAGGCAGAAUGCAAGAUGAUUGAAUGACUUAUUCUUGAAUAUGCCUUUUUUUGCGUUAUAUAAUUCAAGAUUUUCUGAAAUUUUAAAGCAGUUAAAAGAAGAUGGAUCACAGGGUUUUGUUUGUGUUUUUGCCCUUAUUGUGUGAUAUAUUGAAAUAGAUUUGGUUUUCUUGACUAGCUUUAUCAGAAAUUAAGGGUUAGCUUAUUAUUAUU